GUCGAUGUGGCUGUAGUGCCACCCAUUUUUGGCGGAGUCGUAAUGGUGUGGCUAGCAACUGAUGCGACGCCAAGAACAUUAUACUGCUCUUUGAUCAUGAUCAUGUCCUCCGCCUCUGCGGAUGCUGUAGUUUGCAUUGCUACGAUCCCAUAGGAUUUCUAUCAUUCUCUCCACAAUUCGGCGUCCGUACAAAAUCCAGAAGCUGGACAGUUCCGGCGCUGCAAUUGUGUCGGCCAUCGGGUCCCGUACGCGGUUGCUUCCUGUAAGCGAAGGCUUAGAGCGGCAAGCCCGUGACGGGGAUGCGCGGUCCCGCUGACACUAACGUCAAUUUACGCCGCGCGCUGCGAUGAUGGCUCCUUCAAAAACCAAGCUCGACGUCGCCGACGUUGAUUCGCGUCACCGUCUCACGAGCGCACAGACUACGACGAUGAUGGUGAAGAUGUCGGUCGUCGUCUUUGCAGUGUUGUUGACGCUGGCAUGCGUCGUUCUCUCUGAGGCUACGGGAGCACUGAGGCGAACCCGAAGUGUAACAGACGUCUCUGCGUCUUAUUCUCUCAACGUUUCUACAUGCCCAGGCUAUACGCUCUCUGCUCUGAACGAAUCGCAGACGGGUCUGACAGCGCAGCUGAAGCUUGCCGGAGCGGCUUGCGACGCUUUUGGAACGGAUAUCGAGGAUCUAACAUUGCAAGUAACAUAUGACACCAAUCAAAGACUCCGGGUCAACAUCUUCGAUACUGCAAAGUCACAGUUCACUAUCCCCUCAUCGAUUAUUUCCGUGCCUCCUGAACCUACGGAGAGCUUCACACAGACUUCCGACCUCGUGUUCAAUUACGACUCGUCGCCGUUCGCGUUUUGGAUUACUCGUCGGUCGGAACCUGACGCGCUGCCCCUAUUCGAUACCCGACUUAGCUCGUUGCCUCCCACACCCAUACCGCCUCUCAAUGCAAGUGACUCAUCCACUGCCCUGGAUGGUUUCCCCUUGGUGUUUGAAGACCAAUAUUUGCAACUGACGUCCGCUCUUCCGUACGACGCGAACAUAUAUGGAUUCGGUGAAGUGAUUGCAAGCAGCGGUUUCCGGCGUGAUGUGGGAGUCAAUGGAAGUCCUGGAACGAUCCAGACUAUGUGGGCUCGGGAUGUUGCAGACCCCGUCGACGAAAACAUCUACGGCUCGCAUUCCAUUUAUCUCGAGCACCGGCAUAAUGAGACUACUCAGAAGGCCCAGUCGCACGGAGUUUACCACUUCAGCGCCGCUGGUUCUGACACACUACUCACAACUCCGCCGUCCUCUCCUGUAUCCCUCGUCCAAUACCGUGCCGUGGGAGGCACCUUGGACUUCUACUUCUUCUCUGGCCCCAAGCCGCAGGACGUAAUCGAACAGUAUGGCCAGCUCAUCGGUCUGCCAACAUGGCAACCUCUGUUCGGCCUUGGCUUUCAUUUGUGCCGAUGGGGAUACACCAACGUCUCGGAGACAAAGGAACAAGUGACACGGAUGAGGGAAGCAAACAUCCCCCUCGAAGUGAUGUGGAAUGACAUUGACCUUUACCACGCUGUGAGAGAUUUCACCACGGAUCCUGUGUCAUUCCCCGCAGAGGAAGUGCAAGAAUUCAUUCAGGAAUUGGCGGCAAACCAUCAGCACUACAUACCGAUCGUGGAUGCUGCCAUCGCCAAACAAGUCAAUUCCACUGACAUUUAUGACCCGUACACGCGUGGUGUGGAGCUGGACGUGUGGGUCAAGAACCCCGAUGGGUCCGAAUACGUCGGUGAAGUGUGGCCUGGCUACACGGUAUUUCCCGACUGGUUCUCUGACAAUAUCGAAGACUACUGGACGGAGGCGCUCAGUAACUGGUCACAAGGAGGCGUCGAAUUCUCGGGAAUCUGGCUGGACAUGAAUGAGGUGUCUUCCUUCUGCAACGGCUCAUGCGGUACUGGGGCUGAUCUCUCUACCCCAAUCCCAGUUUCUCUGCCUGGUGAUCCUGGCAAUCUUGUCACGGACUAUCCCGAAGGGUACAAUGCGUCGAUGUGGGGUCCGAGCGGAAAUAUCACGAUCAACGGCACAUUGACGUACGGCGUCAAUGAGCGCCCGUCCGAGGCUGCUGUGACCAAGAGAGGUGUCGGCGCCGGCGAGCAGUCUGGCGUCAAUCUGAACUUCCCGCCAUAUGCCAUUCAUAACGGAUUCGGUCCACUGUAUGUCCAUACUCUCGACACGAAUGCCACGCAUGUCGGCGGAUACGUCGAACUGGACGUCCACAAUAUGUUCGGGCUAAUGGAGGAAAAAACCACGCACCUUGCCAUCCAGAAGAUCCUCGGCAUUCGUCCGUUCCUCAUCAGCCGCUCGACUUUCCCCAGCUCUGGCAAGUGGACUGGCCAUUGGCUUGGCGAUAACUACAGCAAGUGGGCAUACAUGCAUUACAACAUUCAGGGCGUCCUGCAGUUCCAGCUGUUCCAGAUACCGAUGGUUGGUGCCGAUACCUGCGGUUUCCAGGACAAUACGGACGAGGAGCUGUGUAACCGCUGGAUGCAAAUGUCAGCAUUCAUGCCGUUCUAUCGGAACCAUAAUCAGCUGUCUGCCCUGCCGCAAGAGCCGUACAGGUGGGAUAGCGUCGCGAGCGCUUCCCGCACGGCGAUCAGCAUCCGCUACUCGCUGCUACCCUACUGGUACACGCUAUUUGCUAAUGCGUCGAUGCACGGCUCGCCGGUCGUUCGCGCCCUGUUCUACGAGUUCCCCGACGAACCGGAGCUGUUCGCCGUUGACAGGCAAUACCUUGUUGGUAGAGACAUCCUAGUGACGCCAGUCUUAACCCCUAACGUCUCAACGGUCGAUGGUAUCUUCCCCGGUAGAGGCCAGGUGAUCUGGCGCGACUGGUACACUCAUGAAAUCGUCAAUGCGACCUCCGGCGGAAACACCACGUUGGACGCGCCGCUCGGCCACAUUCCUGUCCACAUCCGCGACGGAUCGGCGAUUCUGUUGUAUGCAGCGCCUGCUUACACCAUUGAGGAAACACGACAAGGGCCGUACUCUCUACUCGUCUCCGUGUCCCCCGAUGGGACAGCCUUUGGCACAGCAUACGUCGAUGACGGCCUGAGUGUUCCGCCGACACCCAACACUACUCUGACUUUCGUCGUCGGUAACGGCACACUAUCAAUUGAGAGUAACGGCGACUUCUCCGUCAACCAGACUCUACGGGACAUCACCAUCUUGGGCGCUGCACAGACAAAACCAGAGUUCGUCACGAUCUCUGGGCAAGCAAACGCAACUUGGGUUUACAAGAGUGACAACCAAGAGCUCAUUGUGUCGGGGCUGGAUCUUGACCUGAACCGUGACAGUGACAACGUUAUCGCAUGGACUCUGUGAUACUUAUGGCCGCACAUUGAUGUCUGUUCGACACUAUAGGUUUUCAUGAACAUGCUGUUUGGCUGUAUAUUUCAAAACAAUGCUCUUGAGGCUCA